AUGUGGGAUUCUCUCUCCAAACCGCCCGAGGGCCUCGUUGGAGGUUACCAGGGUGGUAGCAUGGCCAUCAAGAUUUUGAUGGCAGUCUUCUGUGCAAUUGCUCUGUAUAAUGCUGUCGAACUCGUUAUUCUCAUCUUCCUCACCUUCACUCGCUACAGCGGUCUCUAUUUCUGGGCCAUGUUGCUCUCCGCCGUGCUUGGCGUCAUCCCCCAAGCAAUCGGCUUUCUGCUGGAGUUCUUCGCCAUCGGGCCUCUCUGGUUUGCAGUCACCUUCUCUACAUUAGGUUUUUAUUUUAUGGUCCCAGGCCAAUCCAUUGUACUCUACUCUCGACUCCAUUUGGUCGUACAGAGCCAAACGCUGCUGCGGCGGGUGCUGUACCUUAUCAUCUUCGAUACGAUCGUCCUAUUGAUUCCUACGACUGUGCUCACCUAUUGUACGAUUUAUGUCGGCACCACGCCCGUUAUUCGAGGUUUCAAUGUGAUGGAGCGCUUGCAGCUUGCUUGGUUUUGUGCACAGGAGAUUCUCAUCUCAAUCAUCUACAUCGCCGAGACUCUGAAGCUGCUACGUUUGCGGCCCGAAAAGGACGCUGAACGGCAUAAGACCAUGUAUGAGCUGAUAGCCAUCAACCUGGUGAUCAUUCUCUUGGAUGUCGCGCUCCUGGUUCUAGAGUAUGUAGGACUAUACACACUCCAGACCACCUUGAAGGCUGCAGUCUACAGUGUGAAACUGAAGCUGGAAUUUGGCGUCCUGAGGAAACUGGUUUCGCUGGUCAAUACCCGCCCGGCGGAGUCGAGCUCCUCGGAUCAGGAGACCUACCCAACAUUUGUUGAUCCCAACCAGAUCACGGGAGAUGUGACACGUGCUGCCCCCGCCUACAGUCGACGGCAGUCGCAGUAUCCGUGGACAGCCAUCUCCAUGGACAGUCUUGCCCUAUCCGAUCGCCGAAGUCAGCAUGUCACCUCGUCGGAAAUAGAGCGACCUUCCUGA